AUGGAACAGUGCCCCAAACCUACCUUGCUGGAACAUGGCAACUUCUCUCAGGUCCUGUUUAACAAUGUGGAUAAGUUCUAUGUUCCUAGAGGAGGUAUCAUAUGCUAUUAGACCCUCGCUGAAAAGUUCAUCCCUCGACCCAAGGACUGGAUCAGCAUCUUUAUAGUAGGGUGGAAGACCACUCAGGAGUAUUAUACCUUCAUGUGGGCACUCUUGCCAAAAGACCAAAACAAGGAUUCAGCCACACAGCAGGAAAUCCAAUUCAAAGCUUAUUACCUUCCCAAGGAUGUGGAGCGCUACCAGUUCUGUUAUGUGGAUGAAGAUGGUUUGGUCUGGGGAACAAGUGUCCCUUUCCAGUUCUGUCCAGACCCUGAUGAGGACAUAAUGGUUGUUAUCAAUAAGGAAAAGGUAGAACAGCUCAGUGAGGAGCUUUACCAAGAAAACCAGGAACUGAAAAAUAAGUAUGCUGACCUCCAUGAGCAACUACAGAGGAAGCAGGUGGCACUAGAAGCAACACAGAGGAUCAAUAAGACCUUAGAACAGGAAGUGGAAGAGAAGGCCUCCUGGGAGGAAGAGAAGACCUCUUGGGAGGAAGAGAAGGCCUCUUGGGAGGAAGAGAAGACCUCUUGGGAGGAAGAGAAUGCCUCUUGGGAGGAAGAGAAGACCUCUUGGGAGGAAGAGAAGGCCUCUUGGGAGGAAGAGAAGACCUCUUGGGAGGAAGAGAAGGCCUCUUGGGAGGAAGAGAAGGCCUCUUGGGAGGAAGAGAAGGCCUCUUGGGAGAGCGAGCUGUGCCGGCUGAAAGAAUGCAACCAGAAGAUGAUCUCAGAAAAGAAGGCCUUGGAGAUCAGAGUAGAAGAGCUUCAGAAGCAGCACUGCAAGAUGCUGGAGCAGACAGACAGACUAAAAGACCAAAUCUCUGAUGAGAACAAGGCGCUGCAGAGCUUCCUGGAUAACAAAGACUUCUCUUCACCUCAAGGAUCUGCUGAGCCGGAAGUCCCGUCAACUCAAGGAGCUGCUAAGCCCGAAGAACCACCGUCCGCUCAAGGAGCUGCUGAGCCCGAAGUCUCUUCAUCUCAAGUUGCUGAUGAGCCUGAAGUCCUGUGGCCCCAAGGAGCUGCUAAGCCCAAGAGGCUGCCACACAGAGCUGUUAGGUCAAGCUUAGUCUUUUAUAAGCACAAAUAUUGUGAUAUGGCAAGAAGUCUUCAUGAGAGGAUCCCACCGGACUGGGAACAGCAGGAGCCUCAAGAUUUGUAUUGUCCAUUUUGUAUAAAGACCAUCUCAGCAACCAAGAAAUGGAUCUCCAAGAACAAGGUUCCUGUCCUUUUCAUUGCCUAA